UAUUUGUAUCUGCUGCACCCAGUUUUAUUACGUGGGCCAACAUCGGAUGCCAUUGAAUUGGCAGAUUGGGGGAAAGCAACAAUAUUUAUAAAUUUGGGGAAAGGCGCGUUUAGGGUUAGGACUAAAAGGAUGGCAGAGGUUGCUCGUCAGGGGAAGCGAAAAUUGGAAGAGGAAAUUAGUGUGAAGAAUAAUGUGGAAACAGAAGAGUAUGAUUCUGAUGAUGAUAUGUAUGCUGGUAACCAAAGGAUGACCCGAGAAAUGCGGGACGAGUAUAAUAGACAGAUCGAUGAGAGCGAGGGUUUUGAUAUCACUUUGGAUUUGGAAUGGGGUGUGAGUAUUGGAGCUCCAAUUAUUCCACACCGGGGGGGUGAAGAGCACGACCCAAGGUUUAAUGAGAUUUCCUGCUUAGCUAUUGAUGCUUACAAUUUGCAGAAUAAUAAAAGAUUCGAAUUUGUCGAAAAUGUGACUGUUAACACAUCACUUGCUGCUGGAUAUUGGUGUUACAACACCUUUCGAGCCAGGGAUUCUGAUGCUCCCAACGCUGUAAAGACAUUUCAAGCAUUGGGGUACUGGGGAAUUAGUGGAAAGAGAAUUCUUUCAUUUUGCAGGCUUAAGAAAACAUCCAGUGAUGAAGGUGAUGAGUGCCCUCCCGAUUCCAAUGUUGACGUGAAAGCUACACAGUGAGCUUGUCAUCUCUUUAAGCUCGUCAGUCUUAGAGCCCGUUUGGAUUGACUUAUAAGUUGCUUAUAAAUUGCUUAUAAGCUGUUUUCAGUUUUUUUGAGUGUUUGACUGACUAGCUUAAAGUCAUUUUGUGCUUAAAAUAAGCUUAAAAAAAUAAUUGGGCCCAUUUGACUUAGAUUAUCUAAAGCAGCUUAUAAGCGGAAAACAACUUAUAAACCAAAAAAAUAAUUUAGACUACCAACUUAUUUUUUUUAGCUUAUAAGCUGUUUGCAACUUAUAGGCAUAAGCCCAUCCAAACAAGCUCUUAAUCUUGUAGUAGUAAUUAUUGAAAAUGUAGCGUCACUUGUUCUACUAUUAAGACCUGAAAAGAAGUGUAGUGAUGUGUCUUCUACUCUCCUAGUUGUUUUAUUAAGAAUGUAGAAUUAUUUGUGUUAUUACUAAGACAAGGAAAAAGGUGUUUUGAUGUUAUGAUUAUGCUUGAUGAUGAAGCUUUUAUCAGAGUAACUUGGGGUUGAGGAA